UUUCUGAUUGUAAGACAGGACUGCAACCGAUGGGUCAGAAGGUGGACAAGAUGCAAGACAAGGACGGGGAGUCGUCCGAUGGCCGGGAGCAAAACGGGGAGGGAAGAAGCCUGGAGGGUGAAGGAGGUUCCCCCCGGUCAGAGCGGACAGAGAAGCAUAUGGAUCGCCAAAUUGAGCAGCCAAUCAGGCAUCUGGGCGUGAGGGAUGGACCUGUGACUACAACAGAAGAGGCGGUGGGUGGAGAGAGGGAGUGUCGGCAUGACACUGGUACCGCUGAGGACUCAAAAUGUGGUCUGAACUUCAGCGAGACCGGACAAACUUUGGAGCCUCAGAAAAGGGCCGUAGCCCGUAAAAGGUCUGCGGCGAUGGAGGCCGGCGGAAAUGGAUCGGACAGAAGAGAUACAUGCGAACUUCCGAACGAGCAGGACUUUGUGCUUCUCGAACAAGAUGACGCUCGUGUGUCGCCUGCUGGAGAAAGCGCCAUCUGUUUCAGCCGCGAGACCAAAACAGAAGACGAUCGUCAAUCAGCCGUCGGGAAUGGAGUCAAGGUAGAUGCCACGCAACCAUCCGCGGGAUGCCUGCCGGAGAAGAUUCUGGGUCAACGUUUGGUGGACGUGACAGAUGGCGGAUUGAGUCAUAUCGAGACAACCGGGAGAGGCGACAUGCGGCACGUGGGAGCAACAAGCCACAACGAGGCGGCAAAGACGGCGUUCAAGACGGAUGCUGACGGAGUUCAGGAGGCAGACCGGUGGAGUUGUGAAACCUCCUCGGAGAUGUUGGGCAAUCUAGGGUCGGUACACAAAACCCAAGGGGACGUUGUUGGGACACAUCAGGGCAGGUUUGCCGGUGCAGUCAAAGGAGUCACGAGAGGGGCUAGCCAAACCUUCUCCAGAGAGUCGACCUGCGAAACCCAGAUACCUUGUUCAAGACAGUCUCUGGACCUGAGCGAUUCCAUUUGUUGUAGCCCAAAAGGCUGUGAAGGUAGGUCACAUUUUGCACAGCUUACAAAAGAGGCAGAUCCGCUUUGUUUUUCUGCGGUGGUCACCCCUCCACCUUUAACUCAUCUCAUGUCUGAGAAAGAAUUCCCAAGUGUCCAGAUGUUACCGGAUGUCACAGCAGAGGAGAAGCCAAAAGCCAAAGGUCCACCUCCACCGGUUCCCAAAAAACCCAAAAACCCAUUCAUCAAGCUCAAAACGGCUCAGAUAAUGUCCGGUGAGAGACGAGGCAAAGAUCACCUCCGUUCUGAAGAAAAGGCGAGGAGGAGACACACUGUCGAUGUUCACAAAGGCUUCCUAAAUAGCGGCCCGACCAAUCAGGACAUGUGCGCGUCGUGGGACGAGAGGAGCGGCUACGGGAGUCGAUCCGACAUGCGUCGUCUGUCGGUGGAAAUCAGUCCUGGGGAGCGUUUGCCGCUGGACCGCCUGGACAAUGAGUACAGAGGAUUGGUCGACUUUGACUACUGCGCCCGAGUAGCGCAAUUGUCUCCGGAUGAGGAUCCCGUGGACUUGGACAUGUUGCAGAGGAGAGUAUUCCUGGAAAGACGGAAUCGAUAUAAAAAAGUGUCACCGCCACCUGUUGCGAAAAAGCCCCGAAAUCCGUUUGUCUCAGAGGUCGAGUUUGACCACGAAACCCAACAGCCUUUGAGACGAGCGCUUCUACCUGAAAGGACAAACCCACUGGACAAUGCUACCGACCGCAAACCGAAUCGAGACGCAGAUUCCUACAAGCCAGUGUCAGAACUGGUCAAGGAAACUAGAAACAGAAGUCAGGACUGGGAUAGACCGGAAGGGGCCAAAACCGAGGCGAGAGUAGCAGUGCAGAACUCGGGCGUCAAGGUGUCCCAGAUGAAGAAUGCCUUUGAUGUCCCAAAGAAAUCCAAAGAAAGGCCGCAAGAAAACCAGCCGUCUCCAAAGAAAGACAUGUUGCGGCGAGUUGUGCGACAGAGCAAGUUCCGCCACGUCUUCGGCCAGGCGGUGAGAAACGACCAAUGCUACGAUGACAUCCGCGUCUCCCGAGUCACAUGGGAUAGCUCCUUCUGCGCCGUCAACCCCAAGUUCGUCGCCAUCAUCAUCGAGGCCAGCGGCGGCGGUGCCUUCCUUGUCCUGCCUUUGCACAAGACGGGGCGCAUCGACAAAGUGUUCCCUACGGUGUGCGGACACACGGGUCCCGUGCUGGAUAUCGACUGGUGUCCUCACAAUGACCUCGUCAUAGCCAGCGGCUCCGAGGACUGCACCGUUAUGGUUUGGCAGAUCCCAGAGAACGGCCUGGAGUCUCCCCUCUCCGAGGCCGUGGUGGUUCUGGAGGGUCACUCCAAGCGGGUGGGCAUCGUGUCCUGGCACCCCACCGCUCGCAAUGUUCUCCUCAGCGCCGGGUGCGACAACCAGGUGGUCAUCUGGAACGUAGGCACGGGCGAAGCGAUGAUCACCCUGGAUGACAUGCAUCCCGACGUGAUCUUUAGUGUCAGCUGGAGCCGCAACGGCAGCCUCCUGUGCACUGCUUGCAAGGACAAAAAGGUCCGCGUGGUGGACCCCCGCAAAAAGAAGAUCGUGGCGGAGAAGGACAAAGCCCACGAGGGAGCUCGGCCAAUGCGAGCAAUCUUCCUAACAGACGGAAAGAUCUUCACCACUGGAUUCAGCCGCAUGAGCGAGCGCCAGCUAGCGUUAUGGAAAACCGACAACAUGGAGGAGCCCAUUUGCGUUCAAGAGAUGGAUUCCAGCAACGGUGUCCUGCUCCCCUUCUUUGACCCCGACACCAACAUAGUCUACCUGUGUGGAAAGGGCGACAGCAGCAUUCGGUACUUUGAGAUCACGGACGAGGCUCCGUACGUCCACUACCUCAACACCUUCUCCACCAAGGAGCCGCAGAGGGGCAUGGGGUACAUGCCCAAGCGCGGACUCGAUGUCAACAAAUGUGAAAUUGCCAGGUUCUACAAAUUACAGGAGAGAAAAUGCGAGCCGGUCAUCAUGACUGUCCCUCGGAAGUCGGACCUGUUCCAGGACGACCUAUACCCGGACACGGCGGGGCCUGACCCCGCCCUGGAAGCGGAGGAAUGGUUCGCCGGCAAGAACGGUGGCCCGGUCCUCAUCUCGCUCAAGGACGGCUACGUGCCCACUAAGGGCCGAGACCUCAAAGUGGUCAAAACCAACAUCCUGGAGGGCAAAGUUGCCUCCGCCGCCGCCAAGGCCGAAAACGCCUCCAAUGUCCAGAAGAACCUUACAUCUCAUGCUCCCGCUCAGCCGGCAACACAAAAGAUGGAAGAUAAACUGGAAGAGGUUCUCCGAGAGUUCAAGUCUCUGCGGGACCGCGUCAUCCUACAGGACCGGCGUAUCGCCAGACUGGAAGAGCAGGUUUCCAAGGUUGCCAUAUAAUCAUCCCCCCUAAAUCCCCUCACCCAAGUUCAAAAACGCCUCUAC